UCUUUGAGCGCGACGAAUGGGAUAUUGCGUCGUCCCGUGUUGUAGUAGUGUUGUGUACACACUAAAACAGUGUUGUUGUAUACACCACUGCCCGCCACCCGGACUUCAUGCACCAGCGACCUUCUUAGCCACCGCUGUGGGCCGGGUGAUAGUCAAUAAAUAAGCGGUCAGCCAACGGACGAAACCUUUCGCGUGCGCCGUUAAUCGCCCAUAGUCCACACAACUUACGGUAUUAUAGGUACGAUUAUGUGCUGUUUUUCGUUUGUUUCGCCGUAGUUGUCAGUUUUCCACGACGACGCGUCCCCGACUUGUGAGCUGCUCGCACCAAACCCGAGUAGGGUAGGGCGAUCAUCGAUUAUUCACGAUAAUAACAUAAUAGGACUUGCGACGUUUUGACUGAUUCAGCUGCGUGGGAUUGCUUUUGACGGCCGUGCUGUUCUCUAAAAUAUAACAUGAUGAAGUUUGGAAGCAAAAAUUCCGCAAAUACGCCAAUCAAGUGUACCAUCCGUCUGUUGGAUGACAAUCAGUUGCUGGAGAGUGAAUUUCAGAUAAAUGAAAAGGGAAGUAGCUUGAUAAAUCGAAUUUGUGAACAAUUGGAUUUAAUUGAAAAGGAUUAUUUUGGUCUAAGAUAUGUUGAUAGCAAACGUCAAAGGCAUUGGUUAGAACCAUCUAAAUCGAUUUUUAAACAAAUUCGAGAUAUGGAAGCUGACAAUAUAUUAUUUAGCUUUCGUGUUAAAUUUUAUCCGCCAAAUCCAUUUCGGUUAAAAGAAGAUAUUACUCGCUAUCAAAUCUAUCUUCAGUUAAAAAGGGAUUUAUUACACGGUCGCCUUUACUGUAACACAUCUGAAGCUGCUCUACUCGGAGCCUAUAUACUGCAGGCUGAACUUGGAGAUUUCAAUCCAGAAGAACAUAUUGAUAAUUAUGUAAGUGAAUUAAAGAUACUAUUGAAACAAACAUUACAAUUAGAGGAAAAAAUGAUGGAUAUUCAUAAAAAUGAAUUGAAAGGCAAAAGUGCUGCUGAAAUGGAAACAAUUUUUUUGAAAAAAGCGUGUGUGCUGGACACAUAUGGAGUUGAUCCUCAUGCUGUUAAGGAUCAAAGAGGUAAUCAACUUUAUUUAGGAAUUAAUCAUACUGGCAUCCUUACAUUCCAAGGCAGCAAGAAAAUGAAUCAUUUCAGCUGGUCACAAGUUCAAAAAAUUAAUUUUGAGGGUAAAAUGUUCAUCAUUCAUAUCAUUCUUAAUGAGGAUCAGAGAAUCAAGGUAGUUACUAACACUAGUGAAGAAUACAAUACUUCAAUAGAUUCAUCCAAUCAAAUUGAUAAUCAUUCAGUUUUAGAGACUCUAUUAGAAGACCAAGAGAUCAUAACAUCUAAAAUUGAACAAGAGGUCCAUCAUGAAGAAACCUUGAAUGAUCAUUUACUGAUUGACUUUACUACAAUGGUAACAGAUGGUUCACCAUUAAUCCAAUCUGUUUCUAAUCAGCAGUCUGGUCAAAAACAUUUAGAAACUACAGCAAUUCGAAACAAUGGAUCAAGCUUGUCAUUCUUGCGACAGACUUUGCUACCAAUUAUAUUUGCAUUGUUUAUGAUGGUUUUGGUUGUAGUUAUUAUUCUAGAAUCUGAUUUUGAUGUCAUAGCUACUAUUAGAAAAUCUCCAGAAAUCGCUGCUUUCAAGAAAAAUUAUUAUGAACCUAGUAAAGACUUUUUAUUGCAGCGUUUUAUCAGGUCAAAGAUAUUUUAGUAAUUUAAUACUACUAGUUCAAUCACUUUUUAUAUUAGCUUCACACUCUAGAAUAAGAUACAUGAAAAUUGAUAUAAACUAUUCAAGGUGUUGGAGUUUUAUUAGGUACCUAUUAGGCRUUGUAUCUUAAAAUUAAAUGUCUAUUGCCAGGUUGCAUAAACAAUAAUUUACCAUUUAAUGAAUAAUAAGGUAUAAUAAUUGGUAUCUUAAAAAUAAUUGAGUUGCCCUUUGACUGGUUUAUCGAAUUUUAGAGAACCAUUAAAUUAAUACAUUUUUAUGCAACCUGUCAUAUGUGUGCUCAACAUUUUAAUGACAUAAUUUUGAAGAAAUUUGAUCAAAUUCUAAGAUUUAUAGUUAUUUUUUACAAAGUAAUUCACUUAAAUUUAUGCAUUUAUCUAAUUGUCCCAAUGAAAUAUGUGAUUUUAUAAUGAUUUUGAGCUUUUAAAAUUUUAAAAUUUUAAUUAUCUUAACAUUUUGUGUUUUGAUAUUAAUUUAAGUGUUUAUGUUUUAUACCAAUUCAUAAGAGUUUUUUUGUGUUAAGGGUGCCACUGACAUUUACAUAUACCAAUGAAUACGAAUUUUUUGUAAAUAAUGCUUUUUGGUGUUAGUACUCAAUGAAAUAUUGGUGCUUAUAUCUUAACAAGUCACUAGUCAGUAAUUUAUUUUAUAAAGUAUGUUCAUACUAAGAGGUUCCACUCCAUAUUUUGACUUAAUAAUAAAAUAGGGUUUUCAAGAAAUUUAAGGAAGUACUGAAAUACUAAUAUUAAGAAAAUAUAUUUUUCAAUCCUUUUAAAUAGGUAAACGCAAUAUCUAUAGCUAGAUUUUUUCAAAUAAUAAAAAUUACAAAAACUAACAUGUCAAACAUUUUUGUUUAGUUUUAGUUAUUACAGAUACAAAAUAUUAUUAAAAAGUGAUAGUAUAAACAGACAAACUACUCAAGCGUAUAUAAUAUACAUAUUAUAUAAUAUGUAGAAUGUUAUUAAUAUAUCUUAUAUCAAUUGAUUAUUGAUAAAAUAUUGCUGAAAUCACUCAUAAAUUUCAAUUUACUAUGACUAAGUUAAUUUUGUGAUUAGAAAAAACUUUUUAAAAUAGCAAGUUGUAUUGUGUAUGUGAAAGCAGGG